AUGCUGACACCCCAGGAAUUAAAAUUUAUCACAUUAGAAGAAUUAAUAGAAAUCGAACCCUGUUCAAAUAUCAAUACAUUAUCACUGAUACAUAAUACAUACACAAAUAUAAAGCCUCUCUCAAUUAUUAAGAUACCAUUGUACAUAGCAUUAGAACUUAAAAAAGGGAAUUUGGCUUACUUAAGAAUACCAGCUUGUUACACUUACCAGUAUUUAAAUAACUUGAUAGAUGAAGAGAUAAAUAAUCAGCAUGAGUAUAUUUCAAUACCUAAGAAUAUAUUUUGUACCGGUAAACUUGUGAUAAGAGAAAGUUAUAAUAGUGAACGGAAAGAGGAGUGCAUUGGAUUAAUUGACAAAUUAAAAGAAAUAAGAUUUAAGAAGACACUGACAGGUCUUAGUAAAAUGGAGGGUAGAGCACUAACACUUAAUAAUCUAACUAUGUUUGAAUGGUAUGAAAUACGUGAAAUAUUAAUUAAGCCCAUGGAAGAAAGAAGGAAGAUUAUUGAGAAAUAUUCUAAAGUGUAA